AUGGCGUCGCGUCUGGAAACCCUCAAUGUCCCUCACUUACCAGCAGCACUCCCGGCGUAUGUGGUCCUGUACCGCGAUGUCCAGAAUUCCGCCUUCCUGAGGCAGCAGCUGCUUUCUGGCAAUAAGGAAUAUGAAUAUGCAUUUAUCGAUGCGAGCAUGGUUCUCUCACGGGCGCAUGCGACGGCAGGUAUCUUUCGAGCCGUGAAUGACUACAUGAAUGAGAGACUCAAGUCCCACAACGUGCACUCGGAGAUUGUAUUCGCGCUGAAUCCGGCUAACAAUAUCGCCGAGUCCUUCCGCAAGUUCGGCAUUACCGACUCCACCAAAGAUUUGCUGGUCGUCAAAGUGGCCGUGUCUCCGGAGAUAACACAUGACUCCGUCGCCGCCCAUCUGGAAGCUUCUGUCCAGGGAAAGCCUGUUCCUUUUGAUGACGAGACAUUGUCCGAAAUUUCAGAUGUCACGAAAAUCAAGAAAGUAUUCAAACUUGGUGCUUUGCCUUCGCCAGGCGACAAGACCAACGGCGCUCAGAACAUCAAGGCCAAGCGUCAACUUGAGCUUUCGCUUCUAAGCGCCAUUGCGCUAAGGGGUUCUUGA